GUUCACCUGAGAACGCGUUUGUGCGAACCUCUGAGCUCGUAGAGAUAGAUUUAUUUAUUUUUGUUAAUAAAUGUGCAUAAGUGGUAGCUUGUCCCCUUUUUGUUACUUUUAUGCAUGCAUCCCACCUACCACGCGUUAAGAUUUUUGGGUUGACUCCCGCACAUUCCAAGUCAUUCCAGUCAGGAAGUAGACCAGGUGUGAGGCAUUGCACUCAAUCAGUUUGUCUGACACUAGUGGAACCUUUUGGAGUAUCGCACAAGCCAAGGAGGAAGUUGCACAGAAUGUCACUCGUCAUUCGACUCGUCUUUGUCCUCCUUGCGCUGGCCUGUACAUAUGUCCUGUCAUUGGUCACGUCGAAUUCUGAAGUUCACAAAGAGUCGUCGGUGCUGAUGUUAUGAAGAUGUCAUCGUAUUCUCCGUCCGGCCACAAUCAGCGCCCUUCAUCUGGACUUCAGUCAAGCCAGCAGUAUUCCAACAUUGUUUUUCACUCCCAGAGUCCGGAAUACAAACUGAUACAACCAGACAAAAACAUCCGGCAAUACCCAGUGGUCAUUCUGAAGUCCGCUCCUGGUCAUCCCUUACAGAGAAACCGCGAAGAGGAGCCACAGUUUGAAGCUGUUUCUGCGGUUGAUGCACCUAAAACACCUGCGAGUAGAAGUAAUCAAUCAGGACCGAGAACUCUUUGGCGUCAGGCGGGCCAAUAUUUGAAUGAACGCCACGACGGAGUGCAGAGAAUGUCCAGCACGAGUCCGCCUGGUAGAUUUCAGUCGAGGCAACCGAACACUUCCGUUUUAAGACACAGUCCGUCACCCCGCGCUAAUGAUAAAACAGGACAGUCGGUUUUCUUCAAGCCUUCUUUCGUCCGACGGGAAGAUUUUGGGAAACCUUUGAAUUCUGCGGCAGUCUCAAAGAAGGACAAAAGGCUUGAAAAAUAUACUGAGAAAGAGACGGUAGUCAAUGCUGGUCGCUAUCAAGCCGCAUCUCGGUUCUAUUUGCCGGCAAACUUAGCAUCCAGGUUGGUUGCUACUACAACCAGAAAGCCAGUGCCUCAAAAACCCUCCGAAAGUGUUCGCAAGUCUCUCUGGGAUAAAAAUUCCUUCUGGCCGGCCUCGUCGGGCAUGAGCUACAACUCUCUGCUCAAUAAAAGACAAGGUUAUACCUUCAAAAUCGCCAACAAUAAUCGCGCUCCUUUGUCCAAAUACAGUUUCAGCCAAAGAACAGUGGAGCCACGAACUUCAGCUGCUCCGUUCUUGUCUGGAUCUCCGCAUCUGGAGGACCAUGACGCUGCAGUCGGACGAUCCAACAAGUCUGACAUCCAGCAGAUUUUGCCAGAUCAGGAGCGGAACAGUUCUCACUUGGCUUUCACAAGCCCGGUUCCUCGAACGCGACACCGAACCGGUUCAGACCACAAAGAGAUCCCAGUCUCGGAAAGGGUCGAGCUAAAACUCCCCGAGUGGACGUCGAGGCUCUUUGGGACAUCCACUAGCAGCACGGUGCGAGGCCGGCGCGUAAACGGCGUCCACCGCACAGGCCUCAAACACGUCCUUACCAACUCGCCCAUCGUCAGGCUACCUAGGCGACACACAUCGACAACUCUGACGCCCACCGCCACGACGUUGACGUACGUGACCGAAUCGGAAAUACCGGAACUUCUCACCACCAUCGAGGAACGUCAGAACAUUAAACCGAACGAUGAGUCAAGCGGAAGUGAAGUCUCUGAUUUUUGGCUGAAUGAGAACCUGGAAGAUUCAUCAGAGCUAAACUACCUCCGAAUUUCUACGGGGAACGUUACCUUCAAGUCCUUGUAAGGUUAAAGACCUGGAGAGAAAAAUUAAAGAUAACAAAAACUAAUAAAGAUGGAAAACUACAAAUAUAGUUUGUCGUUAAACUCAUUGACUACCAUUGAUGGAGCUCGAUGAACCUUCAGUGAAUUAAUAACUUCAGAGUGUACUGCAGCUUCUUCCCCUUGGUCGUGUCCUCGUUCCUCCCGUGCAGGCGGCAGCUUCAGAGUAUGCUGACACAUAUUUUCCGUAUCCUCUUCUGCUGGUAAAAUAACAUGGAAAAAAAUCAUCUGCUCCCUCUCCACUUAUGUUGUUGUGCCAGGAUGUAACAAGACGGAAGACCCAGCAAUUACUUAUCACACAUGAAACGGCCUAUUUUGGGCUUGACAACUAAAAUGGCCGACAAUUGGUUCACCAUUAAACUCACUGGGGGGCCCCAGACUCAAAUGCUCUGGAAAGUGGCAGUCAUGUAUUGUGCAGGUUGGUAUCCACUAGAGGGCGUAGCUCAGCCAUCAUUAAGAAACAGUAGCUCGCGCAUAGGUUUUUCAAGCUGUUUUUACCAUUUUCAAACAGUUCGCUGGUGACUUUAAAAAUGGGUCACGUGUGAAAAAAUAUGUAAAUCCAAUCACAAACUAUAAUCAAAUUUCCACUCGUUUUCAGUGCGUUAGCAGUACAACUAUGGAGCAGAGGUUGGUCAGCAACAUAAAAAAACAGUAAUUUUCUGACUAUAAACCGCUACUUUUUUAUUCAUUUUGAAUCCUGUGGUUUAUAGUCCAGUGCGGCUUAUUUGUUGAUUUAUUUGGGUUAAUAGGUAACACUUCAUUUGACAGAGGCGUCAUAAGACUGUCAUAAUUAUGAGACUAUCAUGGGCAUU